GCACGAAAUCAGGGGUUUGAGAAUUGUAAUGACAGGUCUUGGGCUUCUGCUUCUCUAUGGGAUGUUAGCUUUGGCUCAAGUGGUAGUGGUGGCAGUUGAUAUGAGUGAAAACUAUCUUCUUUCGAACCAACUGAAGUACAGUCAGCCCGGUCUGGUUGUCCUUCCUAACAGUUCAAUAUUGUUCACAAAUAUUGCAAAACCAACAGCACUGGUUCAGUGCAAAAAAUGCUCUCAACACCAAACCGAUAUCAACCCUAAGUACAUGUGUACCAAUUCAUAUGUAGGCAAGAACAAGGGAAAUUUUGUUCAAACAAAUGGCCAGCAUAGGGAAAUUUUUGGCUCAAGUGGUAGUGGUGGCAGUUGAUAUGAGUGAAAACUAUCUUCUUUCGAACCAACUGAAGUACAGUCAGCCCGGUCUGGUUGUCCUUCCUAACAGUUCAAUAUUGUUCACAAAUAUUGCAAAACCAACAGCACUGGUUCAGUGCAAAAAAUGCUCUCAACACCAAACCGAUAUCAACCCUAAGUACAUGUGUACCAAUUCAUAUGUAGGCAAGAACAAGGGAAAUUUUGUUCAAACAAAUGGCCAGCAUUGCAUGAAUGUGUAGAUAUGAAAUUAAAAGCAUGCUUCAGAGAGAGAGAG